AUGUUCUCAAAGUGCAUAGGCGCCGCGUUGCACCCAGUUCAGCCCCAAUCCCUUCACCUGACCCCAAACCCCAUCCUUCUCACCGUCUCUUACCUUCCUACCUCACCUCAAAUCUCAUACUUCUACCAGCUGGCUUAUUUUACUAUGAACAUACUACUUCAUUUAUUAGUGUUUUUGAUCGACGCACUGAUUGCACUUCUAUCACUUUGCUCCCACCACCUCAGAUCUAGGUUUUCCGAGAAAGCUGCUGAAGAAGAGGACCUAGACGAAGAUCCCUGGCUUGUCCAGGUUCAUCCCCUCAACGAUGAGACCGAAACGGACAUAGAUAUUAUCGCAAUCCAUGGCUUAGAUACAAAGUCACCCGAUACAUGGGAAUACAAAAUCAAUGGCAAACCACCCUCAAACUGGCUGAAAGAUAAAGCGAUGCUUCCGAGCAUGAUCGGAAAUGCUCGAAUAUUUACAUGCGACUGGCUAACGAAGAAGUUCGAAUCACCCGACACUGCCAAACUGCGGAUCGAAGAAAUUGCCCAAUCCCUUGUCGUUGCUAUCAAUGCACGCCCACAGGGUGACAACCGAAAUCGACCCAUUCUUUUUGUCGCAUCUUGUUUCGGAGGAAUCAUCCUGAUGAGAGCUUUAUCCUACGCAGUUCAUCAGGAUCCCAUCCUUUCAUGUACACGUGGGGUUAUAUUUCUUGCUACUCCAUUCGAUGGAACUGCUUUUGGAAAGAUAGCGUACUGGGCAAGGCCUGCGCUAUCGUUUCAAGCCUGGCUGAAAGGAUUCAAACUCAGUCCAAGAUUUGAUUAUGUCGAGGAAGGGAGAUGGAAGCUCCAUGACCUUACCGAACAAUUCCAUCAUCGUUGCCUUGAGUACAACUAUUCUACCUUCGCCUUCUACGAGACAGAAGGCACUAAUCUUCUGGCCAAAAACCUUCCCAAGGCACUAAACUGGAUAUCGAAAAAGGAAUUGCUUGUCGAGAGGAGAUCCGCAGCACCCCCGAUGUUCAAAGAGCACCCGGGCCCUCUUCAUCGCCCACAUGCAAAGAUGAACAAGUUUCAUGGACCUGGAGACAAAGACUUCAAAUCUGUUGCCGAAAAGAUCCAGCAAUAUCUCAGGGAAAUACGCGAAGGAACAUCCCUUGAGAGACUGGACAAGGAAUUAUACCGAUAUUACAACACCGACAAGAGACUCCAGGUUGAACGACUAUCAGAGGAUAAGGUGUCGAUGGACGUAUGCUACAUCAAUCUUACCAUCGUGGAACAAAGCACGUUAGGGAGCGGAUUCUCGAACAAAGCUCAGGAUAAAACAUCAUCUUCCCCAUUCUCACUCGCCAACCGAUUAGGGGUAGAAACCCCAGACGAUGAAGUUCAAAUCGACAUUCCAAAAAUCUUUUCUAGGUUAGGCAAAUCAGAAGCGCCAAAAAGGGUGCUGAUUCGCGGCCGUGCUGGUAUUGGAAAAACGACAUUGUGCAAAAAGAUUGUUCACGACUUCCUCCUAGGUCGUAUUUGGGAAGAUCUCUUUGAUCGUAUUUUUUGGUUGCCGCUGCGCGAUCUCAAACUUCCCAACAACAAGGUCAAAAAUAUGGGAGAGCUUUUUGACAAGUACAUCUCAGGCCCGGGAAAAGAAGACCUUGCACAUGGGGCAUGGACUGCGUUGGAUCAAUCGAAUUAUGAUAGAACCAUCUUCGUUCUAGACGGUCUGGAUGAAGUCUCACAAGGAUUGCCUGGUGAUUACGACAUACUGAGAGAGCUUAUGAGGUUGCCCAACUUGAUCGUGACCUCUCGCCCAUAUGUAUCACUUCCAGCUUGGUUGGGAGAGAAAGACAUUUUUGACCUUGAGUUGGAAACCAUCGGAUUCUACCCUGAUCAAGUCAAAUCCUACGUCCAAACCUAUUUCAUCAACGAGGAAUGCAAGCCCCCGGAACCAGAAAAGGCCGAGGUGAUUCUAUCAUUCCUUCACAGACAUCCACUGAUGCAGAGUCUCAUGCGGAUCCCGGUUCAACUCGACGCCCUAUGUUGGACCUGGGCCUGGGAUAACGCCUCCGCUGGUGACGAUGACUCUCAACCCCAGACAAUGACCGCUAUCUACAAGGCCAUCGAGGAACGUCUAUGGAGGAAGGACGCUGAAAAACUUGGAAGAAAACUGGGACACCAUCAGCUCUCAACUGAAGUCAACGACCUUGUUAAACCCGAAGCUCAUAUCCUAGAGCUCCUUGCUUUCGCUGGAAUUUAUAGCGAUGUGAUCGAUUUUCGGCCUGAAGAUCGCAAUUUGAUCUACAUACACUCUGAACGGUCCCCUGAGGACUUCCACGGCAGGCUUGAUCGGCUAUCUUUCCUCAGAUGCUCUAGCCCAUCUUCCGAUUCGAAAGAAGACAGAAACUACCACUUCCUUCAUUUGACAUUCCAAGAGUAUUUUGCCGCGCAGUAUUUUGUCCGCCAGUGGAAAGCCAACGAGGAUCUGGAUUGUUUGAAAUUAAAUGCCGGCCAUAGAUCUGCUCGUCACAGAAACCACAUCUCACCGACCAAGUUCCUCGGACAAAACAAAUACAACACUCGCUAUAACAUAGUGUGGCGCUUUGUUGCCGGUAUCUUAGACUUGGAUGGGGAACUGGAAGAACUAGAGAGAUUCUUCAGAACCCUCGAUCAAAAACCACUCGAUCUGUUGGGUGUAGUCCAUCAGCGACUCCUCAUGCAUUGCUUGAACGAGACAGGGUCCGACUUUUCACUUCGAAGCAAGAUUGAAGACCACUUAUCCAAGUGGCUAGUGUUUCAAUGCAGAUCGAUGCAACCCGUGAGAAAGAUAUACCCUCCCAGAAUGUACAGGUAUCAAACCCUAGCGAGUGAGGCUGAGUUUCCCGGCAAAGCUUUUGCUGGAUUGUUAGAUGAAUGUGAUGGAGUCAAGAUGGUCGGCUUUGAUUCAAUCAGACGUGUUGUCCGCAUACCACUUCGAGUCACAGAGAAUUUGAUUUCGAUGCUGGAUACAGCAUCUGAUGCUGAGGCGCAGUCCGCAAUCAGUCUGCUAAACCGAUCGAGCGAUUCACUACCUGAGAAGGUCUUACUCUCCAUCGCGUCUCGCCUUUGGAGGAAGACUAACUCAACUGCCGCCAUCACCCAAUGCAGCUCCGAUUUAUCCCAGAGGGAUGAUCGCAAGCCAGCCUCUUUUGCUCGGGCCAACAUUUGCGAGGUUGUCGCUUCGAUCCUACAGAGCUACAAGCUGCCAGAGGAUCUUUGGUGCGAAAUCGCAAUGAAGUUGAAGAGUAUGAAUUCGACCGCUCGAGAUCAUGCUUCCCAAAUCCUGGCCAGCCAGCAAAUACCAAGGGAUCAGAUAUUAUUUGAUUUCAUCGACCAGUUAGAAGGCAUCGACCAGCCAGAAAGCCAAUCCCGGAAGUCAAGAGCGGUUGCUAAGCAAUUUUUGCGUCACCAAUCGACCUUUCCUUCAAAGGUGCUCUCGUUGAUACAGGAAAAGAUUGGGUCCGAGAGUACCGACACCAGAGUCAGAAAUGCGUCAAUUUACGCUCUAGGUGGACAUUCGAAACUACCGGAGUCGCUCAUUCGCUUAUUGGCGACGAAGCUGUACCAGGACCAAGAAGCUAUACGAGAGACUCUCCAGGUGCUAUCACGGCUUUCAAAUCUUCCCGAUAAUCUAUCAACCGAGGUCAUUCUGAGCAAAGACUUGGAGGAGGAAAAUGACCAUUGGCUCAGAUACAACAAACUCUCUAGCGAGUGGUGCCGCAAGACGAGAUUGUCAGAAAAAGCCCUCGAGGUGUUAGCGGGCCAUUUGAAAUCUCCUGCAUCUUCUGUCAGAUUCUCGGUCAUUCACAUACUGGAUGGACAAUCAAACUUACCAGAGGAAAUUCUCCAAGAGAUAGGAAAGUGCCUCCAGGACGAAGAUCAUCGGGCUAGGGUAGCUGCCACCAAUGCCCUGAGUCACCGGCCAUGUUCAUCCGAGCCCACCAUCGGAGGAAUAACAUCCCUACUUGAUGAAAGGCUCAGUGGAUUCAGCCUCGCAAAGUUAUCUGCCUUGCGCGUUCUAAAGCAUCAAUCCAACUUGCCGAAAACCGCCCUCAACAAAAUUGCGAAUUGUAUUGACCAUCCGGACCCUGCAAUCAAAAUAGCAGCUAUUGACGCCUUGAGCGGCCGUUCAGGGUCCCCAGAUAUAUUAAACAAAAUUAUGACCCAGAUCGAAGACCAAAGCGCAGGAGCUGUACGAGCAGUCACAUCAGGAGUCAUUGAAGCCGCGAUAAAAGCAUUCAAUAUUAGUUACGCCUCGAUUCCCAACAGUUGGCUCACGGUGAUUGAGUCUGAGAUCAACGAAGAGGACAAAACUACUCGAAAUGAUGCCGUGCAGGCCCUCAUCCGGCUGCGAGAUAUAUCCGAGGAACACCUCAAUUUGCUCGCCGCUCGAAUCAACGACGAAGAUAUAAAAACCAGGCUGGCAGCCGUAGGUUUCCUCGAGGGAAAGCAUACUUUGGCCGAAAGUACCCUGCAAAUCAUGGUAACGCAGAUCUGUGAUUCGAAGAACUUGAAUCUUGCAGACCCCAUGAACAGUCCCUUCUUUUGUCGUUCUUUAAUAACCAUGUUCAUGCAACGGGAUACGCUGCAUUCGGAGGUUCUCCUCCGUCGUGGCCAGGUGCAUCGAUUUCUGCUCCCUCUGCUUCAGCGGACUUUUUCAGAACACUUUUCUUGGUACUUCCAGGAUGGCGAGUCUUAUCUUAUAAGAGACAAUGAGACCAGAAGGCAAAGUCUAUGUAAUGAAGAUGACUUAGAGGCAGGCAUGGAUCUAGCUCGGCAAGAAACCGGGUUCCCAUCGGUAGUGGUUUCUUAUUAA